AUGGCGAUGAAAGAUAAAAUAGCCUCUCUUCCCCAAGAUAUCAUCAUUGACAUUCUCAAGAGACUCCCUGUAAAAUCUCUGCUCCGAUUUCAAUGUGUAUGCAAAGAUUGGAAAAAUCUAUUCAAGACUCAGUUUUUCAUCAAAGAACACCUCCGCCACUCCACCCACCAUCCAAACCCUCCUCUCGUGCUUCAAUGGAGACCUAACCAAUAUCCUCGACGACUUGGCCGAAACGAAUCUCUCUCCAAUGAUCUGUAUCGCUUUGGUUUGCUGGAUCAUGAUUUGCAAUUGCAAACCCUUCAAGUUCAUCAAAAGGCACCUUUCCUUGAUUCCUGUACAUAUGCUCGGAUCCUUGAUUCCAGCAAUGGCUUGUUUUGUGUUGAAAUCUACGGGUGUGAUUUAUUCCCCCGUUGCUUUUUAUUGUGGAAUCCAGCUAUUAGAGAGUUCAAACAGGUGAACACAAUCAAACCGCUGGACACAACUAGUCAUUACUGUAUAGGAUUUGGGUUCAAUCCAUUACUUAAUGAUUACAAGAUAGUGAUAAUUUAUGUGAAAUAUGAUGUGGUGAAUCGUGUGCAAGUAUAUUCGUUAUGCUCAGGGUCAUGGAAAGAAAUAGAGUUUGGAAAUUUAGAGGGGAUAAUGCGUGGUUCUAAUGCAAUUAGUGUCAAUGGAGCUCUAUAUUGGAUGUGGUAUAAGAUGGAUGUAGAAAAUCAUGAUGGUUAUGAUCCUACAUUGAUAGUUUCGUUUGAUAUUGAAACGGAAGUAUUUACAUUUAUACCAAUACCUCUUUCAGGAUUUAAUAACAAUUAUGAACUCUCUCUGUUUGACAACAAACUUGCCCUGCUUUGUGAUUGUAUGACUACACAAUACUGUGUUGAAUUGUGGGUGCUGGAGGAGGGUGCGAGUGCAUCUAGGGAGAAAUGGAAUUGGACUAAGAAGUAUACUGGUUGCCCCUAUUCAUGCAACUUAUAUCCAAUGGCUAUUUGGAAGAAUGAAAUCGUCUUCAGACCUCGAAGGAUUGAAUACCCGAUUAAAACAAUAACUAGUAUAUAUUUGUUCAAUCUCACUACCAAUGAGCUUAGGGAGUUUCCUAUCCCUAAAUAUUAUGAUCUCUGUCGUAUUUUCAAUCAUGUCGAAAGUCUUAUAUCGAUUGAGAACCUUCAUAUUGAAGGUAGUUUGUAA